AUGAAUGUAAAUAAAUAUAGAAUAAAGUGUCCUGUCCAACGAAUGUCUCCGGGCAGGGAGAUCUUUUGCUACACCUCAACUUUCGAUUUUAAGCAACUCGAGGAUUCCAUAUGCAGGUGUACGACUCUUGUGCACCAAGGUCACGAUUUUCAAGAUCUUACGACUACUGGUCUUGGAGAUCUUCGCAAGUCCUUGGUACAAUUAAACCCAGUGCUCCAGUUUGUAAUAAGUAUAAACGAUGCUCGAGGCAGACUAAAGACUUCGGCGGAUGCACGUCAAGAAGCUGUCGCACGGAUCUUACGAGUUUUAAAUAAAGUGGACGGCGUCGAGCUCAACGUAACUGCGGGAACCAAAGAGCGGUUAGUGCACUUCGUUCAAGGGCUGAAGAAUGAAAUUACCCGGAAGACGUUGAAGAAAAGAAUUAUUUUGGCUUUGCCGACUAAGUCCGAGCAGCUUGCCAAGCAGUUUGACAUUAAGGAACUUUCAAAAUACGUCGACUUAUUUGCCAUUCCGACACACUAUCUAACUGACGAGGCGGAAAAUUACAAGACGUUCCAUCCGUCCAGGCUGAUGGGACUCUUCGACUUGCUAAAUACCGACAGCCUGGUUGAUCUUGUCCACGGCCUUGGGGCCGCCAAGAGGAAAAUUCUUGUUUCCUUACCGGCCAGCGGUUAUAAGUUUACCCUCAAGAUCAAGGACCUGAAUACACCUCGAGCACCGGCUGAAGCAAUCAGUCCCGUUUCUAUCAAUCGGGAGCAACUUUGUCGGGCUAUCAGUCAGGGUGAAUGGACCAUUGAGAGAGACGAAGAUCUCACAGCUCCUUAUGCGUUUUCAAAUAAUUCUUGGAUCGCUUUUGAGGAUAAAAUUUCUGCUAAGAUAAAGGGAAAAUAUGUCUUACUCCGUGACUUGGCAGGCUUGGCCAUAAGAGACCUCGAAAAUGAUUUGAAAAAUGAUUGCGGAAAUACCAUCACUGAAAACGUUUACAAUUCAAUUACCGAAAAUAGGCGAAAAUCUCGAGAAGCUGUGUUAACUUCUUUAGAAGAUGAUAUUUAUAGUCCAGAAACUUUAUACCCGAAAAAUUUGAAGUCUUCUGACUACAGAAUCUCAAGAAUCAUCGAUAGUAAGGGACAAAUUCAAGCUGUGCGAGAAAAUAUUCAAACAGAGUUUUCUUGCCCUCAUCAAGGGUACUACGUACAUCCGCACAGUUGUAACAGAUUCUACCGAUGUGUGCAAUUCGAUCAACAUGUUGAGCAGUACAGUGUCUUCGAAUUCGACUGUCCUGCUGGCUUGGCCUUCGACGAAACUACAGAUGUUUGUGUGUGGCCUGGUUCCCUUUCGAAAGGUUCAGCGUGUCCUGGUAGUCCUGAAAUAGCGCCGUCGGCUCCUAAAAGGUUUGAGUGCUCGAAAGAAGGUUACUUUGCGGAUCCCGAAAACUGCCAAUGGUUUUUCGCCUGCAUGGACUUGGGAGGAGAAAAAAUGUUGGCGUACGAGUUCCAGUGUCCUUACGGAUUAGUGUUCGAUGAAAGUAAAUUAGCUUGUGAAUGGCCGUGGUUAGUUCCUAAAUGUGCUGGCACAAAUUAUGAACACAAAGGAUUUGGAGGUUCUGGACAUCCUGGAUAUGACGGAUCUCAUGGAGACGGUGGUUAUGGUAGUAAAGGUCAUGGCGGUGGAGGUGGUCAUGGAGGUUACGAUGGCAAAGAACAUGAUGAAGGUUAUGGAGACUAUGAUGGCAAAGGAUAUGAUGGUGGUUAUGGGGGUUAUGAUGGAAAAGGCCAUGAUGGAGGUUAUGGUGGAAAAGGACAUGAUGGGGGUUAUGAUGGAAAAGGACAUGAUGGAGGCUAUGAUGGGAAAGGACAUGAUGGAGGUUAUGGUGGAAAAGGACAUGAUGGAGGCUAUGAUGGAAAAGGACAUGAUGGAGGUUAUGAUGGAAAAGAACAUGAUGGAGGCUAUGGUGGAAAAGGACAUGAUGGAGGCUAUGAUGGAAAAGGACAUGAUGGAGGUUAUGGUGGAAAAGGAAAUGAUGAAGGUUAUGAUGAAAAAGGACAUGAUGGAGGCUAUGAUGGCAAAGGAAAUGAUGGAGGUCAUGAUGGAAAAGGACAUGAUGGAGGUUAUGAUGGUGAAGGACAUGAUGGAGGCUAUGAUGGCAAAGAAAAUGAUGGAGGUUAUGGUGGAAAAGGACAGGAUGGAGGUUAUGAUGGAAAAGGACAUGAUGGAGGCUAUGAUGGCAAAGGAAAUGAUGGAGGUCAUGGAGGUAAUGGUGAAAAAGGACAUGAUGGCAGUUAUGAUGAUAAAGGACAUGAUGGAGGCUAUGAUGCCAAAGGAAAUGAAGGUGGUUACGGAGGCUAUGAUGAAUCAUCUCAAGGUGGUGGUGGUGGUAGUGAAUAUGGCGGCUAUGAUUAUUCAGGUUAUGGUGGAAAAGGAAUUGAUGGAUUUUAUGACGGUGAUAGUGAUUACGGUGAAAAAGACAUAGGAAAAGAAGAUGGAGGACAUAAUGAAUCACAUAAUAAAGGCGGAUCUCAUGGCGGUAAAGACACAGAUCAUAGCUCUGAAAUGGGAAAAGGACAUGAGGGUGGUCACGAAGAAUCUCAUGGGACCAAAGAUAUGGGUCAUCACUACGAUGGAAUGGAAAAAGGGCACGAUGGAGGCGAAGAUGGACACGGAAAUGAUGGUCACGACAUGCAUGGCUACGAUAGAUCUAAUGACGACAAAGAAAAGGAUGCUCACUCUGGAAAAGAAGAUGAAUACCCCAAAAAACCUGAAGAUGAUUAUCAAGAAAAAGACCAAGACAAAGAAAGCGGGCACGGAUACACGACUAUCAACAGCUAUUCGACGAAUCCGGACUACCCUUCAGUAUUAUUUAGUGGAUACUCUCCCUCUCCCGGAGGUUACUCAACUGGUGCUGGUCACUCAACUCAAACUGGCCCAUACAGACCUCAAUACUCCACUUCUGGGUACACUUAUUCUCGCCCUGGAUACCAAAAUACAAAAUCAAACUCAUACUCUACCAAUGACCAGAAAAACACUGUCCAUUCCGGCUACUCAACGUAUCCUCAAAGCCCAAUAUACCGCGAAGGUACAGAAUUUGUCACUAAAGGCUCUCACGCCCCUGGAAUCACAAUUUAUCAAAAAGAAUUCACCAAACCCGGUUCUGGAACAACUUCUCGAGGUCUGUUUACUCCUGGUAAAACCUUCCCUGGAGUCCUAGAAGAAGGCAACACAAUAAUCACCCGCCCCUCUUUUGGAAACGAGUAUUACCCUAACCAAGCUGGAGGAUCCUUCACACAAGGCGCGACUAUUAAAACCCAAGAAUCAUCUGUAACUUCAGGCAACCAAUUCUACACAAACAAGGCUGGAUUUGGAUCUAAGAUACCUACUCUUACUCCUGUCUCAUCGAUACCUUCUACUGGAAAUGGGUAUUACUCUACCGGAUUUGCUACUGGAAAUGGAUACUACACUCCAGACUUAAAACCUAAGGGAUAUACAUCAGUAACUUCCACUGGAAACGAUUAUUACACAAACGAGGCCAGCAAAUCAUACAGCGGAAACACUUACUCAAAUCCAGGGUAUACUUCUGUCUACACUAAAAGUAACAUAAAUAAACAAUUCAAGACAACAAAUUACGGAAAUAAAGCUUUUACUCCCAUAGAAGCGAAUUAUCCAGGAAACACCUAUUACACAAACCAAUCAGGAUACAAUAAAACUAUAAGUGGCUCCAGCGGAACCUUGUUUACUCCCAAAAUGUCUGUAACGGCAACCGGUAACGAGUUCUACCCUAACCAGGCGGGUAACCCGAUAACCAAUCUAGAGAUUCCAAUAACCACCGCCGAUGAUGGCACCGGGUACAAGACAAAUGAGUAUUACGACAACGGCGGCCGCGGGACUAUUCGCUACAAUAACGGUCUUGUUACUCACAAAUACACCGAGGAAGACAUUAAAGAUAAUGGAGCUAUUUUCCCAAUCUAUCCAACCCCCGAUUUCGGGCAGACUAACACCGUUAGUGCUAGCUCCAACGGAGUCUACACUCGAGGAGGAUUUACGAAAAUAGGACCGACCAAAACGGGAAUUACUACUGCUCAGAUUGGAGGCACCGGAAGCUAUGUAGCUCAAGAUUUAGAUAUGCAAAAACCGAGAGGCAAACCAGAUCAGAUUGGUGCUAACGCCUUCGGAACUGUUCCUUCUAAAGAAUCCGCUAAAGGUCAAGAUAAUUCAGUGCCUACAGUAACUCCUUUCUUCAAUGUGCAGGUGUACAAUGGUCCGAGUGUUGCGACAGCUUCACCGGCGGUUGCUAAUACGUACUCCUACGCGAAAUCAACGACUCCCCAGUAUCAGGAAAACAUGUAUCAGUAUGAUAAGACGUCUAUUGCUGCCUCUGCUGGGGAAUACAGCCAACCUGGGAGCAAGUAUCCAACACUCAGCAUAGGAGCGGUCGGUUAUACCAGUUCCCCGGUUAUCGAUUAUCAGACCACGGUAUUCGAGGCCGCGAGAAUUCCAACCGUUCCGAAAGUAAAGGUUGAUGCUGCCUUUAGUACCGACUCUCCUCCAGUUCCAGCGGGUGGAUAUUCUAAUGGUAACGAUGGUUCCCUUGAUAUUAAUGUAUCAUUCCAACCGACUGGCUCCAGUUUUUCUGCAGCUGAAGACAAUGAAGUUACGAAAACUGGAUUUGGAUACGAAGGAUCUCAGGAUCAGACUGAUUUCAGAGGGAAAGUUGAGGACAAAGAAUCUGUUAGUGUUGAGUCGGCUUCUUAUCAAUCCACUGCGAGCAAUGAGCAGAACCUCCGAGUACCGACAUUCGUGAUAUCUUACACCGAGGCGCCUGGCUCCAAAAAAACCAAGGAAUCGCCCAUAAAAGGAUACAGUUAUACUGGGUCAACACCGAACUUCGACACCAAAGCAACUCAGCCACUUAAGUAUCCAUCAAAACCCUCGCGACCUACCGUCACGCCUCAAACUAAUCUCAAAAAACCAACCUCUAAUUACAACCGCGGUAUCGUUAAAUACACGCCAGCUGACUACGAUGAAACUAGAUACUCUUCUGGCUUAUCUGGCACAGAUUCUCAUCCAAAGACUCCAGACUACGAUAUAUCUGAAAACAGUUUCCCUACUGAAAGAAACCGUUACCAGUCCACUAAUCUUCCGUCAAUAAGUAAAUCUUCUUCAUCGUUUUCCGGAACAGGACGGUUUAAUUCUUACACAACAAAUCGGCCAGUGACAACCUACUCCGACAGCAACAGGAAAAUCGAGCUAUCAAAAUCCGAUGCAAUUUCUAAAUCCAGCGAAGUUGCUACGACCAAAACCGCGGUCGGGAAAGUAAUCGUGAAAUUCAGUGAUCUACAUCCACUUUUGUUAGGGAAACUGGGCGCAGAGUGCACGUGCAAGGCCGAUCCAUUUGCGAUCAAAGGAAACAAGCCGUUGUUGAUCGACUCGUCAAACGGGAAAGUUGAUCUGAGAAACUACGACGAGUCCGACAUUUAUGUCGACUUGGACAAGAACAGAUCUGGAGAUUCUUACGAGUCCUAUGAAAAUUAUGAGUCGAAAUCUUCAAAGGAAGUCUUUUCUUCAAGAGUUACUCCAGUUGUUGCCGAAUUCAACAACGGAAGGACAAAGACUGCCAAGAUUCGAGUACCUUCUCCAGGAUACUUGCCUGCUUCUCGAACAAUUUCUGCAACAAGACGGCCUCUUUUGUCGAACAAUCUCGUAUCUACCACUGCCUCAUCUCUUCGGGUGUCUGCCAGUGACAUAGAAUCCUACUCAACGAGAGCUAGAUCCCGGAGUGGAAAAAGUAUCGGUACUUUCAGGUCAACCAAUUCACCUUCACCGUCUGGACCAGUCACGGAACCAACAAAUAGGGCUUCUGAAGACAGAAUCGACUACGGAGAAGUGGGUGUUCUCGAAUUGAAUCCCGAAGGCAAGGCCGAGUGUGCUCGUCCUGGAUUGUUCAGGCACCCCAAGCUCUGUAACAAAUUUUACGCGUGUCAUUGGGACAACUGGAAGAAGAAGUUCACGCUUCAUAUAUUCAAUUGUCCGAUUCAUUUGACAUUUGACAACCGCGCUGGAGCUUGCAAUUGGCCGACAAAGGGGCCAGCUUGUCAGGAUAACAAUCUAUUGGUUUAA